AUGGGGAAUGAGGAAGCAAUGGAGUUUGAUGGUUCAGCCUCCUCUGCAGCACUGGCCAACUCCAGCAUGGAUUCUGUCAUCAACAUCACCAAUAUUACCUUCUUUCCCUAUUACCAGCACACCAUGUACGUGGCAGCCACCUACAUCCUGGCCUAUUUCUUCAUCUUUAUGCUGUGCAUGGUGGGAAACCUCCUGGUGUGUCUAAUUGUGCUGGAGAACCGCAGGAUGAGGACAGUAACCAACCUGUUUAUUUUGAACCUGGCCAUCUCAGACCUGCUGGUGGGCAUCUUCUGUGUGCCCACUACUCUGGUGGACAACCUCAUCACAGGUGCUCGAGCUACCUGA